UGUCCGUGUUUAUUCAUAGUGUCCUGCAUACCUGAUCCUGCAAGGACAUGUGUGCUCCGUGUCAGGAAGAGGAGUGCUUUCUCCUUCUCUGACUUCAUAAAAUUCUAUUUCAGUAUUUUUGUUAUUUAAAUCCAGUGGCAGGAUUUCAAAACCGCUUCGCACCAGCGCCCCAGUUCUCAACUCCUGCUUGUACAGCAAAAUAGUAACAACAUACCAGAGCCCUGAAAUUCUAAGCUGCUACAUUCACCUCCCUUAGCCCCCAGUGCACCUGUGGGGUGUCUGUCAGCGGCCUUGCUCCAUGUUUUAUGCAGUGACAUGCAGAGCAGGGGCACUUUACACUUAAUUUCUUUGUUUUUAGGGUUAAGUUUUAUGUUCUGAGGGCGGGGAGCCAUUCCAGAGAGGGUUUCUGGAUCACUAAUAUCAGUUAGCCUUGCAGAUUGUGCUGGGAAUGAGCCACACUUACUGUUUCCGUUUGGCCGCCGCUUGCCGUGUGACAUCUAUUGGCACGGGGUGUCAUUCCAUGACAGCAACAUCUUCUCAGGGCAAGUCAACAAGUUUCCAGGCAUGACUGAGACCGUUCGGAAGAUCACCCUGAGUCGGGCCAUGAGGACCAUGAGGGAUCUGUUUCCUCUGGAGUACAACUUCUACCCUCGCUCCUGGAUUCUGCCAGAAGAACUGCCUCUCUUUGUGGCUGAGGUCCGUAUGAUGAAAGACAGCAAUCCAUCCUGGAAGCCCACUUUUAUUGUAAAGCCCGAUGGAGGCUGCCAGGGGGAUGGAAUCUACCUCAUCAAAGACCCAAGUGACAUCAGGCUGACAGGGAGCAUCCAGAGCCGGCCAGCUGUGGUGCAGGAGUACAUCUGCAAACCUCUGCUCGUGGACAAACUCAAGUUUGAUAUUCGCCUCUACGUCCUGCUGAAAUCCUUGGAGCCCUUGGAGAUUUACAUAGCCAAAGAUGGACUUUCUAGAUUUUGUACAGAGCCCUAUCAAGAACCCACUCUCAAAAAUUUGCACCAGGUUUUUAUGCACUUAACCAACUAUUCACUGAAUAUCCAUAGUGGGAAUUUCAUCCAUUCUGACAGUGCAAACACUGGCAGCAAGAGGACUUUUUCAAGCAUUCUGUGCAGACUGUCUUCCAGAGGAGCUGAUGUCAAAAAGCUCUGGUCAGAUAUAAUUUCAUUGGUGAUUAAAACAAUUAUUGCACUGACACCAGAACUGAAAGUUUACUAUCAGUCUGACAUACCAGCAGGAAAACCUGGGCCAACUUGCUUCCAGAUUUUAGGGUUUGACAUUCUCCUGAUGAAAGACUUGAAGCCCGUGUUACUGGAAGUAAAUGCAAACCCCAGCAUGAGAAUAGAACAUGAGCAAGAGCUUUCUCCUGGAGUAUUUGAAAAUGUCCCAAGCCCUGUUGAUGAAAAAGUGAAAGUUGCUGUCAUCAGAGACACUCUGCGGCUGAUGGACCCUCAGAAAAAGAAGAGGAAAGAUAAUCAGUGCCAGGGCGCGGAGCAGGCGCCGGGAGCGGGCGAGGAGCCGCCGGACGCCGGCGCCGGCCCUGAGGCUGCUCUGCCCUCGCUGUGCCUCAAGCAGGUGUUCCCCAAGUACGCCAGGCACUUCAGCUACCUGCGCCUCGUGGACAGGGUGGCCGCCCUCUUCAUCCGCUUCCUGGGGGUCAAAGGGACAACCAAGCUGGGCCCCACGGGGUUCCGCACCUUCAUCAGAAACUGCAAACUGAGUAACAGCAAUUUUUCAAUGGCUGCUGUAGAUAUCCUAUAUAUUGAUAUCACAAGGAGGUGGAACAGCAUGGCCAUUGACCACAAGGAAUCAGGUAACACAGGAAUGUGCCUGCAAGCCUUCGUGGAAGCGUUCUUCUGCCUGGCCCAGAAGAAGUACAAGGCGCUGCCGCUGCACAAGCAGGUGCUGUCGCUGGUCGAGCUGUGCGAGUGCCGCCUGGCUGCGCUGCACGGGAAGCGCCUGCUGUGGGGCUGCGGGCUGCCCGAGCCGCGCGGGGCUCUGCGGGCCGCGGGCAGCGCGCCCGGCCCCGGCUGCCCCGGCUGCCCCGGCCCCGGCCCCGGCUGCCCCGGCCCCGGCUGCCCCGGCCCCGGCUGCCCCGGCCCCGGCUGCCCCGGCCCCGCCCGGCCCCGCGGCUCCCAGGUGCUCCGACUGCAGAAACCACCGCAGCUCAGGGCGCUGAUGUGCCGGGACACAACGGGCAGUUAAUCCCCUCGUCCUGCUGGAGGAGAGACUGGCGCUGGUAUCUCUUCAUUUCAGAGUGAUGACUGUUUAUUUUCCAGCUGGAUUUUUUAUUUAUGCUUUUCAAAAAGUCUACUGUAACUUCCCGUUUUCAAAUAAUGACUCUGGCGAUGGCUGUUUCUUCACCUCUCUGUGGGAUUUACCGUGCACAUCCCGUGACAAGCUGCAUUCAUCCUGUGUGUGUGGAAAAAAAGGACCAACCACAGGGGAUGAUAACCAGCAUCAUGGGAUUGACUGAGGCACGCUCGUGUCAAAGGAAUUACAUUGCUUUGUGUGCACUGGACACGUCACAGCAACCAAGGAAGGAACCGCAGCCACAAAUACCAGACUGGAGAACUGAAAUCUGAAAUUACACUUGUGGUCAGACUUCAGGCCUCGACUCUCUUCUUUCCAUGGCUUGGACUGUAGGUGUUGGAAUCAAUACAGAUUUGGUCAAUAUCUAUGUACUUAUUUUUUAAAGUCAGUCUUAAAGCACUGAAAUAAUAUUUUGGCGUCUACUUCUUUAUACAUGUCUUUGCCAUGACAAGUACUGUUAGUUUUUUAAAGAAGAACUAAAACUGUUUAUCCUUUUGCUUCCACAGAACCAAUAAGCUCACACUUAUUCACAAAAAAAGAUUUACUUUCUUAAGUCGAAUUUGGUGAAUCAAGUGGUGGUUUUGUCUUCAGGGAUUCAGCACUGCUUCUGCAGAAAGCUGUACAGUGUAAAGGCCUAAGAGGUCAUCUAAAUUCCAGUGGAACCAACCCUGUCACUGACUUUAGCCUAAACUAACCAUAUUCUAGGUUUGCUCAUUUUUUGUCUUUUGCAUGCUUGUUACCCUCUUGGGACCUGCAGUAACAUCUACAGCAGAUCAUCUUUGUGUCUUUGCCCAUAUUCUUCAUUUUUCCCUUAAAUAACAGUGUAACUCUGUACAAAUUAGAUCUAAGGAUGUUGUGUCAGAAUGCUGGAGUUGUACAGGGGGGUUUUAUUAUCCAGGAAAUGAACCAUGACUUCCAUGAUCACACACUUCUUGUGGGGACUAAGCAGAACAUGAGAAGGACAGGAAUAACUUGGAACUUCAGGGGUGUGGAGUGAAAUUCUUUGUGGUCUCCCAUUUAUUGCCAUAAUGAAUGGCUACAUCUGAGCUUGAUUUUCCUCCUUUGUUCUACUCUCUAAUGUUAAUGACUUGGCUUAUGUUUUGGUGUCCUCCAUGCUAUCAGAAAUGGCACAGCUGUAAGAUGGGCACUGAGCUUUGGGUUGGAGAACAUUCCCUGAGCUCCAUGUCAAAAUGUUCCAGUGGCUGGUGCCCCUGAAACGUGCUGUGCCACUGAGGGGAGUCCACCUGCUCCACGUCAGGGACUAAAUGCACACGUGGUGCAUCAAGUGAGUUUCCACUUCAGGGAAUGUUUGUAGAGUUUUUUUCCCGAUUUCAGUUUUAAGCAGCAUGUGUUUGUCCCAAGUGGCAAUAGCAGCAUGGCAAUGCAAUGCAGGAGUCAGGCUGAGCCCACACAAAACUAGUCCCCAGCAUGUGUUCAUCUCACAUGUGGGCAUCCCUUCUCCUUAUCUUUUUCCGUAACACAAAUAAAAUAGUACUAGAUGAUCUUUUUUAGUUCAACAGCCAGACUUUGAAAUUUUAUGUAUUGUACAUAAGAGGACAAUUGUAGACUAACUAAUGCCACUGCCCUCAGCCUUGUUCAAAUGUCAUAAAGAUUAUUGCAGUAUGAAGAUAAAAUGCAGAACUCCAAAGUCUGGCACCUGUCAGAACAAAUGAAGCUGAAAGGGUCAUUUUUUUCACACUUUCAUUGUAAUAUAUUUGAAGACAUUCACAGGUUGAAAAAUGGUUACUUCUCCUUUUGUGACAUCUGACAUUUGUCUUGCGAUUGGCAGUGUGUUACUGGAAAAUAGCUUACAGUUCCUCUCAUCUCAUGAUUGAUGUCCUGUAAAGACAGAGUUACAGAGGAGUCGGAUUUGAAAUGCAACGGCUGCGAAUGCCUUUCCCUGCACCUUUGAAGUACUACGAUGUGUGGCCUGAAAUAUCCCGGUUUUGCAAUGUAUAACUUACCCUGAUAUCAGUGGAAUAAAUUAACUAUUGUAUAUUGAACACUGAUAAGAUCUCUCUCUCUAUGGGAGACCUUUAUACUCUCUGGAUCUAAUAGAGGUUUUUAUAGCUCGUGCAUCCACAGGCUGAUGCUGCAUGCUCUAUUCAUCUCCCACUUCAAAUAUGAAAGGUCCCUUGUAGAAUAGUCAAAAUAUUCAAUUAUCUGCCUCUCGUAAUCCACUGUUCAUGUAUUUAUAUAAUUGGAAAAUUGAAUGCUGUAUUAUUCUCGGGGGGGGGGGAGGGAAUAAACCAGGAAUGUACUUUAGAGAUUUAAUGGCAGUCACAUUUCUCUUCCCUCCUGUCUAAUUCAAUUUCCUCUGAAUAUUAUUUAGCAUCCAAUUGCAUACAGCCUUUAAGUUACCAGUCUGUGCCCAUGCAAAUGACCAGAGACACUUUAUCCAGGAUAUGAAUGCUAAUGCACUGAUAAUCUGUUAAUCCUGAGGUACCUCUCUAGCUAAAGAAACAACACAGGAAAGGCGUUGGAUUUUUAACAGCACUUUUGUAUAUAUUCUCUUCAGAGAAUACCACAGCACUGCACUCAUGAUUCUAUUUAUGACAUAAAUGAUACAAAUAUUGUAUACCAGUGAAAUCUUUCUUGUUAUCAGACACACCGGGUCUGGUAUUCCUUUCUGAGUAGAAAUCAGAAUAAAACAACAUCUAACAAAAA